AUGGCGCCCAUCCCAAUUACAAUCAUUACCGGCUUCCUCGGCUCCGGCAAAACCACCCUCCUCCUCAAUCUCAUCCCGCAACUGCCGCCCACGUACCGACUCGCCCUUCUCAAAAACGAAUUCGGCGACGUCGCUGUCGACUCCCAGCUUGCCUCCACACAAUCCAUCUCCGGCGUGCGCGAGCUGCUGAAUGGCUGCAUCUGCUGCAACCUGGUGGGCCAGCUGAGCGAUGCGCUGGAGCAGCUGCGCACCACGGUGUCGCCGGACCGCAUCGUGAUCGAGACGUCGGGCAGUGCGUUCCCGGCUACGCUGGCGAUGGAGGUAAAUCGGUUGGCGCGCGAGGGGGAGGGCGAUUUCGCGCUCGAUGGGGUGAUUAGUGUGAUUGAUGUCGAGAAUUGGGAGGGGUAUGAGGAUACCUCGUACACAGCCAAGUUGCAGGCGAAGUAUACGGAUUUGAUUGUGUUCAAUAAGUGGGAGGCUGUUGGGGAGAGGCGGUUCGAUGUUUGUUUGGACCGGGUUGGUGAUUUGGGGGUUGAGACGCCGUGGGUGAAGUCUGCGCGGGGCGUUGUGGAUAUGGAUGUUUUGCUGGGGAUUGAUGGGGCGCUGUAUGCGAAGGAGGAGGGGCUGUUAGAGGGCGGGGAGGAUGGACACGCGCAUGCGCAUGCCCAUAAGCAUGACCAUCAGUCGGAGGUGGAGGUUUUGUCGGUGCUGUUGAAGGGUGCGCAAGGAAGGACGGUGGAUGUUGAUGCGCUAGAGCGCUUGUUGCAGCUCGCACCGAGGGAGGAGGUGUACCGCAUCAAGGGUAUUAUUCGCUGCUCGGCGGCGACACCACCCGUGGAGACUUCGGAUGAUAUGGAAUCGAGGAAGAAGGGUGAUGCCGCGGAGAUCAGGUACUAUAUUCUCAACUGGGCGUUUGGCCGGUGGACCUGCACACCGUCGACCGUGGUUGCCGAGUCGACGGAUGAAUCUGUGGCUGCGCGGUUGACAUUCAUCCUGGCACGGUAUGAAUCGGGCAAGUGGAAGAAGAAGCUGGACGGCGGUGGUCUGAUCCACGUUGCGGGGGGAGAGGCCGCCGAGUUAGUCGUGGAACGAUUGGUUUGA